UACUGUUUCCUCAAUUUCUUUCUCCUCCUCCGAACCCGCUAACUCCAAACCCAACUCCUCUUCAUCAAAAUCCCCCUCUCGAUCUCUCGAUCCUCCGACGAAAGGGGGGCGACGGCGGAAUCUCCCACUCUUAUCCCCUGAAAUCGUCGCCCUCUACUAAACCCUAGAAACUCUAAGCCCCCAUUCUCUACCAAUCUAGGGUUUUCCCCGAUCUGCUCCUCUCAAAACCCUAAUUCUACUGAGAGCUGGAGAAACCCUAGGGAUCCUUCUCCCAAAUCGCAAUGGAGGCUUCCGCUGGCCGCGGCGGUUCCCUUCCCGUUCCCUCCUCCUCCUCUCAGCCUCCAAGAAAGGAAUGGCGCGCGGUACCCGAGGAUCAUCAUCAGGAGCAUUCUAGGCUGGGGCAAUCUGAUGAGAGAACUAUAUACGAGGAGGGAUCAGGUCGGUUCAGUGCAGACUUCUGUUCAAUCACAAUAGAUGGCAGUGGAGGGUUGAGCGACGAGAUACUGCAAAGUAAGCUUCAGGAGAUUAUGAAACAGAGGGAAGAGUUGCAGCAUGUUGAGAUUGAGCUUAGGGCGCAGGCCAUUGCGAGGGCGGAGAUCUUGGAGUUGCAAAACUGUUGCCAGGCACGGAUCAAGGAGCACUCAGAUGCAGCUUCUCAACUCAAGGAGCAACUAAAGGAGAAAGAACGACAUAUAGAAGAGCUAGAGAUGAAGUUGGAAGAGAAGGAUAGGGAGCUACGUGCCGUCAAACUCGACAAUGAAGCGGCUUGGGCUAAAGAUGAUCUUCUUAGGGAACAGAACAAAGAAUUGGCAACCUUCAGAAGAGAGCGUGAUAACUCAGAAGUAGAAAGAUCCCAACUUCUGAAACAAAUCCAUGAGCUUCAAGAGCUUAUCCAAGAAAAGGACAGCCAGAUUCUUGCAGUGGAGGAGCAGCAUAGAGCUGUACAGGAAAGUAUUCUUAUCAAGGACGAACACUUGAGGAAUGCGCAGACUUGGAUUGCUCGGGUUCAGGAAAUGGAUGCUUUGCAAUCAACAAAAAUGCAAGCUGAACUCCAAGAACGUACUGAACAGUUUAACCAAUAUUGGAUUGGUUUACAACGGCAGUUUGCAGAAGUGGAGCGGCAUCAUCUGCAAACUAUACAGCAGCUUCAACUAGAGCUGGCUGAGGUGAGGGAACGAAAUGGAAUAUGUAAAGAGGAUCCAGAAGUUACUCGUCAAAACUCUACAGAUUCAUCUUCUUAUAUUCAAACCAAGGGUAACCAAAUCAAUGCAAAUGAUGCUGGUGUCUCAAAUGGUAACUUGAGCUUCAUGUCUAAUGGAAAUCUUGAGGGUCAUCCUUAUACUUCAUCUUCUGAUGCAACAUCAAAGGCUGAAAAUGCUGCUGGCAUCGCUGUUGUUCCAUCUCCCAUAAUUGGGAUGGGUGCCUUUAUUCCUCAAAACCAGAUGACUGCACUGCAUCCAUUUGUUAUGCAUCCACAGGGUGUUCCUCAAUCUGUAUCAUCAAAUUCACAAAUUCCUCAGUCUCAUGCCGGACAUUUUCAGCCUAUGACUACAGUUAACCAACAUUGGCAGCAGCAGCAGGCAAUGCCAGAUGUCCCACGUAAUCCAAAUCAGAAUAGUAAUCGAUCAUCUCAAACAGAGCAGAAUCUUUUAGGAGAAGUAAUCCAUUCAGAGUACCCAAACACUCAUAUUGAGCAGCAGCAGAGAUCUAGUCCAGCAAUCAACGGAAUCAACAGAGAAGAGGUGGUGCUAGACUCAAAUAGUAAGCAGUAUCAGGCAUCUCAGGAGCCACAACAGGCAUCAAAUGCUAGUGCAACAUUUCAUCCGACACUAGUUUUUACCUCACCAGAACACAAAAGUGAGGUUAUGGUGCAGGAUCAGAUCACAGUCACUGCUAUCGAUCAACAACAAGAACAAUGGUCAGCUUCUAUUGCUAACAUUUCCGAUGUGCCAAGUCAGCAAGCAAAUUCCAACGAAACUGCAGAAUGCAACGAAAAAGUGGCAACCUUAGAUGAGAGAUCAUCCCCUACAGCACGAACAACAAAUCCAAUGUUACCCGCAAAGGCAACGGAACCUACUCUUUUAGAUGAAAGAUCACUUUUAGCUUGCAUUGUUCGUACAAUUCCAGCUGGAGCUGAAGGUCGAAUCAGGAUCAGUACCACGCUACCAAAUAGACUUGCGAAAAUGCUUGCACCUCUUCACUGGCAUGAUUACAAGAAAUGUUACGGCAAGCUUGAUGAUUUUGUGGCUCACCACCCUGAAUUAUUUGUUAUUGAAGGGGACUACAUACACCUGCGUGAAGGCGCUCAAGAAAUCAUAUCAGCAACUACAGCUUUUGCGAAAGUCGCUGCUGCUGCAUCAUCUGCUCCUUAUUCGCUGUUGUUUCCCUCUGUUGCUCUGACUCCUGUUGCACAGAGCAGUCGACAGAAAACUGGGGAUUCAUCUGACAAACAUUCACAGAUUUCAAAACGUACUCAGCAGUCAAAUGGUGUGGGCUUUAAUGUAGCUAAAGGGCUAUCUGAUAUGAAUGUAUCGGUUAAGUCUAAAAAUCUGCAGGAAGUUAAUGGCUUGUCUUCGGAAACUAGAAUACACAGUGCUGCUGGAAAUGGAACGAACAAGGGAUUGAGUAGAGGGAAACAACAAGCUAGGUCUGCAGGAGCGGGUAUUAUUUCAAGAAGAUAGAUUUGGAUGGUGUUGGCGGACAUUCACAAGGUGGAAGGGAAUGAAAUAUAUUUCACUUCUAAUUUCCUUGUGUUAUUUUUUGGUCUUUUUUGAGGUGGGCGGAAAAAUUGUUGUUGAUGCUGGUGACUGUUUCUAUUUGAAGUCAUUCUAUUGGAUCUUCUUAUAAAUUUCAUUGUGGAGGUUUUAUUUGCAAUUGACAAGGAGAAGUGAGACGGAAUUGGUAUCAUGAUAUUUCUGGAAGGGGUAUUAAUCAAUUAGUUCAUCUUAAAAUUA